GCUGUGUUUACAGCCUGUUUCACCUUCAUAUCUCUAUCUUCCUCUUUCAGUCUUCCUACUCUCUCUCUCUCUGCUCCCUUAUAUUCCUCAUCCCACCCAACCCAACCAUCAAAACUAUCGAACUCCCAAAUCAGAACCAGACAAACGCCAAAAAGACUUCAAUGGAUCCGUGCCCAUUUGUACGGAUCCUAGUCGGAGACUUGACCGUCAAGUUUCCCACGGCAUCCAGGCCAUCCUCCUCCACCGUCCACCCGUCGUCGUCCCCUUGCUUUUGCAAGAUCAAACUCACCAACUUCCCCCACCAAUCCUCUACAGUCCCUCUGAUCCUAAGCAACGGUCAAAACCUAGAUACGACGACCCACGAUCACUCCCUCUCCGCCUGCUUCAAUUUGAACAAAACCCAAAUCGAAAGCUUAGCCUCCAAGCGGCCCUGUUUGAAGAUUUCGAUCUACACGGGUCGGGUCGGCGUCACGUGCGGGUUACAAAGCGGGAAAUUGUUGGGUCGGGUUAUUGUGCCGUUGUCGGACCUGGGUUUGGCGGAGUCCAGACCCGUCGUGUAUCAGAACGGGUGGGUCGCCAUUGGAGGAGGGAAGAAGAAUGGCAGUGGGUCCUCGUCGGCGCAGUUGUUUUUGAGCGUCCGGGCGGAACCCGACCCGAGAUUCGUUUUCCAGUUCGACGGAGAGCCCGAGUGUAGCCCUCAGGUUUUUCAAGUGCAAGGGAAUGUGAAGCAGCCGGUGUUCACUUGCAAGUUUGGGUUCAGAGAUAUGCAAUCGAGGUCAAUCUCUUCAGAGCCAGGCACACCGAGAAAUUGGCUGCCUUUUGGUGGGGCCCACAAGGAGCAAAGCGCGAAGGAGCGAAAAGGGUGGUCCAUUACGAUCCACGACCUGUCCGGCUCGCCCGUGGCGGCGGCUUCCAUGGUGACGCCGUUCGUGGCCUCGCCCGGCUCACACUGCGUAAGCCGGUCCAACCCUGGGGCGUGGCUCAUCCUCCGACCGAACGAGGGCACGUGGCAGCCGUGGGGACGGCUCGAGUCGUGGCUCGAGCGCGGCGGGUCCGACACGGUCGGCUACAGGUUCGAGCUCCAGAACACGACGCUCGCGAACUCCACCCUCGGCGCGAAAACUGGCGGGAAAUUCUCGAUCGACCUGACGUCGAGCCCCACUCCGGCGAACAGCCCUCACAGCAGCUUCGACUUCGGGUCCGGAACCGGGUCGAGGCCUGGAUCAGGAUCAGGGUCGGACUUCGGGUUCGGGUUGUUCCCGCAGUUGAUUCAGAGAGGGUUUGUGAUGUCGUCGACGGUGGAAGGCGUCGGGAAGUGUAGCAAGCCGGAGGUCGAGGUCGGGGUGCAGCACGUGACCUGCACGGAGGAUGCGGCUGCUUACGUGGCAUUGGCGGCGGCGAUGGAUCUGAGCAUGGAUGCUUGCCGCCCGUUUUCUCAGAAGCUCCGGAAGGAGCUAAGGCAGCAGUAGAUUCGGAAGGCGGGGGUUGUCGUUUCGCGGGGAAGGGUUUGUCGUUUUGUAGUUGGGUAGGCAUUGGAUUCGUUUUUUUGGCGAUUAACUGCCAACACAGCAUUUUUUUGCUGCCAAUUUAUUUUUAUUUUUAUAAUUUUUUUUUGGAUGAGACUGUACAGUGAGGAAUGAGUAGGCAGGAUUUUAAUUUUUAAAUCAAUUUUAUUUUCUUGUGAUCUGUGAAUUCUUGUUGGGCUAUUUUGUUAAUACAUGGUUUGAGUUUUUCUUCGA